GAUGUGCGAGUGAGUGCGUGGCUCCAGUACAUGCCUGGCACCCGGGCGGUGUGGCGGUGAGUGUGCGGCGUGUCGCAGCUGGCCCGCAGAGCCGUAAGGGCCAUGUGACGGAGUCCUUCCACCCUAACCACCGCCAUUCUCUCUUUGACCUUAGACAGUAGCAACCGUGGCCCCCCGAAGCACCAUUACCAGGUGCUGGGGGCUAGGAGGAUGGCGCUUCACUGGGAAAAGCUUUCGCCGGCGGAGUUUCAGCAACUGCAAGAUUUGACAACUUACUCUACCAAGAAGUUAGAAGAUGUACUUAAGGAGUUCACCGGCACAGGUCCACUCUCCAAAUAUAGCCUCGAUGGGGACAUCGACUAUGAAGGGUUUCGGCAGUUCAUGAACAUUUACUUGGAGGUGGAGAUGCAAGAGGAGCUUUGUCGGCACCUCUUCCUCUCCUUCGUCAAGCGCCCGAGACCCCAACCAGUCGAACCCAAGUCCAUCAAGGAGAUGGCGGUGAUGUCCUCGGCCACGGCCUGCGCCCCCAUCACCUCCCACAACACCUCCGGGGGCUCCAUCAGCAACCUGGCUUCGUGUGCGGUGACGGAGAGCGUCUCCACCAAAUCGGAGGGCGGCGGCGGGCUGGCGGAGAAGCUCCAUGGCCUCACGGAGAAGCUCUCGUCGCUCGGCCACAACCGCUCCGACUCUGAGACCUCGAGUCGCACGCGCACUGGCAGCAUAGGAGCAUGCGUGCACCCGAUGGUCACUGUGACGCAGACGAACAGCUACACUGAUGCCAAAAUAGAGAAGAGCACAGACUCAUCCCCCUCCCACUCCCAGAUGUCACGUUCAUCUUCCAAGAAGUCCAACAAUUCCCUCCUUGUUACUAAUGGUAAACUGGAAGACAUGAAGCAUCUGGUGAGGAAGUCCAGCAGCAUUGAAGUACACACAGUGAAGGUGAGCCUCAAGGACAUCAUCUGUUACCUCACCCUGCUGGAAGGCGGCCGGCCAGAGGACAAGCUUGAGUUUAUGUUCCGGUUGUAUGAUACGGAUGGCAAUGGAGUACUGGACACCAAUGAAAUCGACUGCAUUGUAACUCAGAUGAUACAAGUUGCUGAUUACCUGGACUGGGAUGUCACAGAACUAAGACCAAUAUUGACAGACAUGAUGGCGGAGAUAGACUACGACAAUGAUGGCACUGUGUCCCUUGAGGAAUGGAAGAGAGGUGGCAUGACCACCAUUCCUCUGCUGGUGCUUCUAGGCUUGGAUACGAACUUGAAAGAAGAUGGUAACCAUGUGUGGCGGCUCAAACACUUCAACAAACCAGCAUACUGCAACCUUUGUCUCAACAUGCUGAUGGGCCUUGGGAAGAAGGGUCUGUCCUGUGUCUUUUGUAAGUACACAGUACAUGAACGCUGUGUCCAGCGAGCACCAGCCUCAUGCAUUGCUACGUAUGUAAAGAGCAAGAAAACCUCCCAAUCCAUGUUGCAUCAUUGGGUGGAAGGCAACUGUCCAGGCAAAUGUUCUCGAUGCAAAAAGACUAUCAAGAGUUACAAUGGCAUCACUGGACUUCAUUGCUGCUGGUGCCAUUUAAGACUACACAACAGAUGUGCAUCUCAAGUAAAGCCUGAGUGCAAUUUUGGCGAGCACAGAGUACAUGUUCUUCCCCCUACAGCCAUCUGCCCUACUGUGCUGGACCGCCAGAAAUCUAUUACCAGAGAGAAGAGAGAUCUGCAGCGGUCUGAGUCAACACCAAGUGGCCUCAGUGAUGGGACUGUUUCAGCCCCAAUGUCCUUCCAAAUCACUCCCCCGCCUGGAACCCACCCACUGGCUGUGUUUGUGAAUCCUAAGAGUGGGGGAAGGCAGGGGACAAGGAUUCUCAGGAAAUUCCAGUACCUGCUAAACCCUCGCCAAGUCUAUAACUUGGCCAAGGAGAGUCCAGUAGCUGGCCUUCAGCUGUUCAAGGAUGUGCCCAACAUGAGAGUCAUUGUGUGUGGAGGGGAUGGCACAAUUGGAUGGAUCUUAGAACAAAUGGACAAGGUGCAGUGGGCUCAGGUGCCAAGUGUGGGCAUCAUGCCUCUAGGGACAGGCAAUGACUUGGCCCGCUGCCUGAGAUGGGGAGGAGGAUAUGAGGGAGAAAGUCUUCACAAAAUUCUAAAGAAAAUAGAAAAAUCCAGUGUGGUGAUGAUGGACCGUUGGCAUAUUGAAGUUUCUGAACAGACUGGCAUGCAGGAGACUGAAGAGGCUGGUGACAAGAUACCAUAUAACAUUGUCAAUAACUAUUUUAGCAUAGGUGUGGAUGCUGCCAUUGGUGUCAAGUUUCAUUUAGAACGUGAGAGAAAUCCAGAGAAGUUUAAUAGCCGGAUGAAGAACAAGCUUUGGUAUUUUGAAUAUGCUACCUCAGAGACAUUUGCUGCCUCAUGCAAAAAUCUUCAUGAAGAUAUAGAUAUUAUGUGUGAUGGUGUGUCCCUAGACCUUUCCAAUGGGCCCUCCCUGCAAGGUAUAGCCAUCCUGAACAUACCAUACACUCAUGGAGGGUCCAACAUGUGGGGGGACAACACCCUCAAGAAAAGGAAUAAAGCUAAUAAAAGUAAGAAGAAAAAGGACAGAGAAAGGGAACUAUCAACUUCAUCUUUUACGUCUGCAGAUUUAAGCACUGCUAUUCAAGUGACUUAGUACAUUAUACAUAUGAUACACCAGGAGCGGGCAACCUUUUCAAAGCAAGGGCCAGAGGAGACUUUUGGGAGCAGGCCGCGGGCCGGAGUGAGAAACACGAACCCCAAAGUAAAACAAGUGAAAAAUAUACAGAUCAGUGCUGCUUGCCAUGAAGAAGUGUUUCAAUGUCCCGCUCGAUGGAUGAGGUAGGCAACAGAAUAAUGUCAUUGAGGUGGAAGUCUGAGAGUUGAGAGUGAAAUGAGCAGUUCCUAACUGUAGGUGCUUCCAAAUAUGGGUUCAACGCUCUGAACAUGCACAAUGUAUUUUGGAAAAUUUCUAGAAGGAAGGACAAGGUCAUGGACAAUGGACAUUAGGGAAGAGGUUUGGAACUUUGCCCUAAGUUCAUCAUUGCACUGUAGCUCCACCAACUCCAUCUGCAGUGGGGCCAGAGCAUCAUCCACAGGGAAGUCAAAGGGGGCGGUGAACACCUUGAAGUCCGUAGCCAGCGGCCUGACUCCUGCAAAACUGAGGGCAAAUUCCUCCCUCAGAGAAGCGACGACACUAACGCAAGUGUCCAGGUUUACGUCACCAGGGGUACAAGUGGCGAUCUUCAGUUUCAUGUCACUGACAUGGGACAAAAUGGCCCCACGUAAGACAGUUACAGCCUUUCCUUUUUUGUUUUGAUUAAAUAUGACAACCAGAUCUCAAAAAGGAAAGAUUGUCUUCAAAAGGGCAGACCUGGCAACUCUUGUGGAGUGAGGCAAGGAGCAUAUGGUUGCCAAACAGUAUUUGCCAGCAUAUGCUGUUUAGCAGGAUUUUUUUUCAAGGGUUUAGCGGGCCGGAUUGCAAUAUUAAUGCCUAGCAGAGUGGCGAGCCUGACGCUAGGCCUUCAUGGGCUGGAUAUGGCCCGCAGGCCGGAGGUUGCCCAACCCUGUUUUACACCAAAAGACUCCUUCAGUAAAAUGAAACAUGAGGUAUUCAUAGCUUUGAGUAAUCUCAUAAUAGCAAUUUAAUAGUAUGUGUUAAAAUACUUAGGUAUGCUCAUGUACAUAUUAAUUUAUACUCUAAUAAUAAAAAAUAUAUAAUUCAACUAUUUUAAAUAUUACAUUUACUGGUCUAAGCAUACC